AUGUAUGGACCGCUGGUAACCCUAGGGGACAACAUUGCCGUGGAUUUAAGCCUCAAGAAAUACAGUAACCAAACCUACCCGACCCCAUACAUCGGCAGUCUAGACCGGGCCGACCGGUGCAAACAGCUAUUCCCCAAGUACAACAACACAGGCACCGCCAAACUGAGCUUUGUCGGUCAAAACACAUACACCAAUCCGUGUAAAGUUGAGUGCGCCCUUUGCCGGGACGAGGAGCCAGACACCAGGGACAAUACUAUCCGAUCGUACCCAGCUCAUGCCACGCUCAUAAAUGAGAUUAUUCAAUGCCACGACUCGGUACAGGUGUUUGAACAAUAUAUGGAGGAUGGUAUCAAAUGCGGACCAUAUCAUGUAUGCGAAUUCUGUCCAGGCAUACUGUCAGAGCUGUAUCGGGCGUUGACAAUAUGA